AUUCCUUACCUCUGCGUUAAGAUCAUGAAAAUGUGAAAUUAAUGAAUUCUUCAUUCACAAUCAUCAACAUGUUGCGCGUGUUCUCGUCGAAAUCCCAAGUCAGACUGAUUUACAUCCUUACGCGCAAUUUUUGUUUCCGGUAUACGUGCCUUCUUAAAAAGACAGUUUUUAACAAGAAAGGAAAAUGGAUUUUUCCAUUCAGUAGGAGUGGACGCUUUAGUCAAAUGCGCACAGAGUUCGAGGACCAUCUAGUCGCUAAUUCUUGUUUUAUUAUCCCAAAAAUUAUUACAUCUUCGUAAAAAAUUAUUACGAAAGAAAUGAAGUGAACGCGGGAAUUAAUUAAAUUUACAGAAAUAGCAUGACAAACAUAAAAUCGGCGAAGAUCAAUUUGAUGCACGCCUAUCGAAUCAAUCAGAAACGAAAUUUUUAACUACGUAAUCUGCAGCAAAGAAUGAUUCGUAAAUCGAAUGUUAUCUAGUUCUUUUCAAUCAGGAAUGUAUCUGCAAGCUGAACGAUUCUGUAUAAUGAAAUUCCAAUUAACGCUAUCUGCUGUUACAAGAAAGUCUUUUUAAUCACGGUGAAUCUUAUCGCAACGUCUAUCGAUUUCAAACAAAGAUGUUUCCACCAUCGAUCAAACGUGAUGAACCGCAAUCACGUGAUUCAAAUUUGUAUCGGUAUCGAUACGGUGCAAUAUAUAAAACAGUAAGGAAGAACGUCUCUUAUUUACUGUGCGUAGACAACAUGCGUAUCUUCGUACUGGUUUCAGCGAUCUUCAUCGCGGCUGCGGCCGCCGACGAGGAAGUCCUGCCUCCCUUAAAGGGAAUGCAGUCGCUCUCAAUUUCGUACGAGACGCCCGAGCAAUUCUAUUUACUGAAGAACUACGUGGGCGCUCCAGGAUUCGAUUUCCUGAGGAGCACCCACGACCUCGUGGACGUACUGGUGACAGCGGACAAAGUGGAAGAAUUCAAGGAACUCCUCAAGGAACAUCGUAUGAAUUAUACAGUCAUGAUCGAAGACGUCGAGGAGAAAGUGACGGAGGAGAAGAUGAGGCAAGAGAUCGCGCGUAGAGUUCAAACGAAACUGUCGGAUUAUGCUGGCUCCGGUAGACUGUCCUUCACUUACUACCCCACUUACGCCGAGGUGAACGACUACCUAAACUACGUGAUUAAGACUUACGGGAACGUGGCCUCGUUGAUUAACAUAGGUAAUUCGUACGAGGGACGAGCGAUGAAAGUUUUGAAGCUGUCCACCGGUGGCAAUAAUAAGCCGGCUAUUUUCAUCGAUGGUGGAAUCCACGCCAGGGAAUGGAUCGCCCCAGUGACAGUUCUUUAUAUAGUUGACACUUUGCUGGCUAAUAACAAGGGCCUUCUGUCUCACGUCGACUGGUACAUCCUGCCGGUUCUGAAUCCGGACGGUUACGAAUUCACGCAUACCAAAACCGCGAACCGAUUAUGGAGAAAAACGAGGAGCAACACAGGUUCCAGUUGCAAGGGUGUCGACGGAAACAGGAAUUACGACAUGGAAUGGAUGACUAUUGGCGCGUCGAACAAUCCAUGCAGUGACACUUACGCUGGCCCUAAACCGUUCUCUGAGGUGGAGAAUCAACACUUGAGGGACUUCAUCUUAGCACGAAAGGCGAAUAUCAAAGCUUACCUUACGUUCCAUUCUUACGGCCAGUAUAUUUUGUACCCGUGGGGAUUCACGUCCAAAGUGCCUGCCAACGAGCCUGAGCUACGUAAUCUUGCGAUCAGUUGCGCAAAUGCUAUCGCCAAGUUCCGUAAAACUAAAUACACUUAUGGAACGUCCGCCAAUCACUUGUAUCCAGCAGCUGGAGGCAGUGAUGAUUGGGCCAUGGGCAAAGCCGGCAUCAAUUUAUCCUAUACUUACGAAUUACCCGGCGGUAAUUCCGGAUUCCUGUUGCCACCAUCUGAGAUCAAAGCCGUUGGCACAGAGACGUUCGAGGCUAUCAAAGUAAUUCACCAAUACGUCACGUCGAAGUAUGCAUCGCAGCAUUAAUUCAUCGCGCUUCUCGCGUCUACAGAAAUUCAUCAAUUGUAUCUAUCUAUUAUCGCGGAGACUAUACGGUGAAUGAUUAUGCAAACAUCGGAGUAUAAAUUCAAUUAUAGAAAUAUCGACAGAAUAGACCGUUUCGAUUCAUGUCUGAAAAUUCUGAGGAAUAUUUUAUAAACCUUUGAAUAUUUACAAUCCGUAGUACAGACUCUCAAAUGAAUUAAUAUCUCAAUAAAUAUUAUUUUAUAUCAAAUCCUGUUCCUCCUAAUUCCCUCUGAUUGCCGAGCGAAAUCGAGUUACCGCGGUGAUCAAACUUAAACAAAUGUUCUGACGUUACACAAACUGGAACAAGUCGAAACAAGAAUUCGAAUUGUCCAAGUGCGGAGCCCGCAAGAGGCUAAUCAAUACUAAACCAACUCGG